CUCAGCCGGGCCUGUUGGGUGCUUUUCCCCAACCCUUUGCUUCCCGCCCCUUUGCUGAGCACGGAGGCAACGAGGAAGCGGAAAGGGACCUUAUCAGUCUCCAGUGUACGAGAAAGGCGUAAGGGUGGGAGUAACAAUCCAAGGGGCUGGGGAGAUUUGGGCAGCGGAGCGGGACGUUUCAAGAUCGGCCUUUAGGCUGCAGGGAACUGGUACCGGCGUCGCAACGGUGCAUCCAUGCAGCAGGUAGGACUUGGGCCCAAAUGCUAUUCCUUGAAGAUCGGUUCUUCCCUUUCCAGGAUGUGUAUCGAGAAGACUUCAAAUGCAAUCCUAAACUCGCGUGUUAGCUAGAAAGUAAAAGGCAGUGGGACUGACUUCUGGAGAAAUGUGUACAGUAUAGGAUUGUAGGCUCGGAGCCCCGGCUGUCGGAAGCGAGAUUAGUAAAAGGCUCACUUCCUUAGAGCGGGUCUGGAGAGGAGAGAUUCGUUUCCUUAGGGCGGAUCUGGAGCGGUGAGGAGGGGGGGGGGCGGCGAUUUAGGAGACGGCAAAAAUCAUUGACGUUAAACUUCUGCCCCAAAGAGAACGGGGAGUGAAAUCGAUUGGGGAUUAGCAAGGAAUGAUUGAGAACUUUGGGAAGCUUAAUUGUCCUUUGCAAAAAUAUUACAUCAACACAGUUUGACAGGAGUGGCGCGGGACCUAAAGUUGAAACUGGAAGCAGGGGGAAUAAUGUGGGUGGAAUACAAAAACCAGGAUGCUUUGCAUUCGGGAUAAAGCCAGGAGGCACUGGACACUAUUUGGGGAGAGGACGGGAGAAUGGGUUGGGUAUGUUGGCGUUAGUAACGUUCAAACAGACUAGAAGAUCCAACCUCUUUUCAUAAUUGGGCCCUCAUCCUGGAUGUUGGACGUUCAUUUAUUUAAUCAUUCCUUGUGUGGAACUGAAUGCUGUAAAUCUUUGGUCUUUCAGUAGCACAGAAUAAUGGGGGGGGGGAAUCAGUCUUUCAAAUGUCAGGUGAUCGUCAUUGCCUUUCUGGCUAGUCCUGCCUUGUUUAUGAAAUUUGGAUACCUAUUGUGUGUAAAAAAGAUGACUUUUAAUUUCACCUUCAAUUUUAUGGAUUUUUAAAAAUUGUGUGUAAACUGACACAACAUAGAAUAGCACAAAACAAUUAAAAAGUGUGCCAAGAAUGUAAACUUGAAGGCUUGGGUUCCAGCUGAUGCUUCCUAACAAAUAUGUUUCACAGAAUAUUUUGGGGGGGGGAUUACUUCCAUAUAUGUUUUAGGAUUGGGGUUGAAGCAGAGAGAAGUGAUUGAUAGUCAUAUGUAAUGAAACCAUUAUGAAACAACUGCAUUUCCCUUUGUAAAAUGUGUAAUACUGUACUGAUGUUCAUUUCAAAGAGUACCACACUUUUAGUCUGAAAUCUUGGAUUAUUUUUGGUGGUUAUUAUAUUUUUGGUGGUGGUGCUUGAAUUUUGAUUUCUGUUGUGGGAAGGAAAUUGCAUUUUAUAUAAUGCAGCAUGAUCCUAUGUCUAUUUACUCAUAAGUAUGUCACAUUGAAUUCAGUGGCACUUACUUCCAAGUAAGUGUGCACAGUUUUGUAGUGUUAUUGUCCUCUCUUGUACUCCUGAAUUAUUACUCUUUUGAAAGUUGCUUUGGCUUUACCUUUGCAAUUUUCACUAGCUGAAUCUGCAUGUGCAUUUGUGUGUGAAAUACAGAAAAUGUGUUGUGGGUCACAGCAGAAUAUGCUGACAUAGCAUUGGGUAAACACUGAACUCAGUAAUGUGAAAGUAAUAAUAAAGAUGUUGGUAGCAUCUGAGCACAUUUGUUAAACUCUCAGACUAUUGGGCAAACUGGCUGGUCAUGUAUGUCUUAGGGUGGGGAAACUGUUUUGAAUCUGGUUUGAGUUUAGCUGCGGUUAUUCCCAAAACCCAUGCUAUAAGAAAGCAGCAACAACAAAAACUAAAAGAAAAAGAAUGUCUUUAAGAAACCAUAGCUCUUUCUUUAGCUGUUUGAAGUGAAAUCAAUAAAUAACUCCCACGUUUUCAAAUGCAAAACUUUUAAAAAUGGCGUGCAAGUGGUGCUUUUUGGGUUUGUGUUGGUUUGUUUUUUUGUUUUUUUAAAACAACAAGCUAAUGUUUUAGUUGUUGGGGUUGCCCUGGCAAGGAAAAUAAACCUGCCACUCUUCUGGUUUGGAGAGGAGAAAAGUCGCCGUAUUUAAGGGCGAUUCGGAAAGGUGCUGAGCAAUUGGGAAGUGGGUGUGUAGGGAGUUGUUGGAAAUCUUUGAAGCCUUGGCCAGUCCCAGUCCUAGAGAGGCAGACACUCACACACGCACACUCGCUCUCUCUCUCUCUCACACACACAGACACACAGAAAGAGAGGGAGGGAGGGAGGAGGCGGCAGCGAAGCUGCUUGCUGCAUCUAGGAAUAUGAAUUUCCCCCCUCAGUAGGUCUGAUCGCCUCGGCUCCAUGGUGAGGAGAAAGAAGAGCCCCUCUGGCCCAGAAGACCCACACAAUGGGAUGACAGUGAAGCUGGGCGAAAGCAGCAGCAGCAACAGCAACACCAGCACGACUACUACUGAGGAAGGCUUGAGGAAGCUGGGCAAGCGAGCAGGUGAAGAAGAGUCCCUGGAAGAAGGAGCAGGCGAAGGAGGAGAGGCAGCUCCCAGCACCAGCAGCACAAAGGAAGAAGAGGCGAUCACUCAAAGCAACACUAACCGGGCUCCCUUCUUGGCCACCUCCACUUUGCCCCAAGCCCCGUCCUCCUCCUCCUCCUCCUCCGUCCAGCCUGCCCACAGCAACGACCAGCAUCAUUUCCUCAGGUCCAGUGUCAGACCUCAGAGCAAGAGGUUAAGGAAGGAUUCUCAGGCAUCCUGCGCAGUUGGAGGCGGCAGCAGCAGCAGCAGUGCAACCGGUGCUGCUGCAGCAGCAGCAAAAGGAAAAGGUGCAGAUAAUGGCGGGACUUCAUCUGGCAAUUCAUCAGGAAUCUCUUCCAGCACCCCAGCUGGUAGCUCAAAAUCUACUGCAAGAAACCUGGGUUCAUCAGCGGGAGAAAAGGAAGAAGGCAAGAAGGUUAGACGUCAGUGGGAAUCAUGGAGCACCGAGGAUAAAAAUACUUUCUUUGAAGGCCUCUAUGAGCACGGAAAAGAUUUUGAAGCAAUUCAGAACAAUAUUGCCCUGAAGUAUAAGAAGAAAAGCAAGCCAGCAAACAUGGUGAAGAACAAGGAACAGGUUCGGCAUUUCUACUACCGCACCUGGCACAAGAUUUCCAAAUACAUUGACUUUGAUAAUGUGUUUUCUCAAGGGCUGAAAAAAUCCUCCCUGGAGCUCUAUGGCUUAAUUUGUUAUGGGGAGCUAAGGAAGAAGAUUGGGGGCUGUAUGGAUGACAAAAAUGCAGCUAAACUCAAUGAGCUUAUUCAAGUUGGGGCUACAACUGUACGCUACAAAGGGAGGAAUCUUCGCAUCAAAGCCCCAAUGUGCAGGGCUCUGAAGAAACUCUGUGAUCCAGAUGGCAUUAGUGAUGAGGAGGAUCAGAAGCCAGUGCGUCUUCCACUGAAGGUCCCCGUGGAGCUGCAGCCACGGAAUAAUCAUGCAUGGGCCCGUGUGCAGAGCCUGGCCCAGAAUCCACGUCUCAGGAUGAUCGUAGAGUUGCAUCGUAAGGUAUCUAGCCUCAUUGAGUUCCUGAAACAGAAAUGGGCUCUCCAUGAGGUGCGCAUUCGUAAAACACUAGCAGAAAGGCAACUACAAGACUCCAGGGAUUCUGAAGCAAGUGGCAGCUAUUCGGAAGAGAAAGUGAUGCUCCAUCUCUUCCCAGGAGAGAACUGUACGCUUACACCCCUCCCUGGGGUUGCCAGGGUUGUACACUCCAAAGCUUUCUGUACGGUGCAUUGGCAGGAAUCUGGCCGAUGCAAGCAGAAUACAAAAGACUCCCUCUUGCUGCCACCUGCCCAAAUUCUAGGCAUACAGAGCGGUCAGGGGACAGCCAGAGGGCAGGUGAAAUACCCUCGGGGAACAGAAGGCAAGGGAGGGACCAGGGCCGAGAGCACUACAGAAGCAAGUAGAAACACUCAGUCCACAUUUGAGGCAACUGCAAACGCUGAGGACUGCUCCUCAGAGGCUGGGCUUACCGAAGGAGCACCCCUGUGUCUCAGUGUUGCACAUAGUCUUGAUAAGCCACUUUCUGGGCUUCAAGAUCUGAGUGGGAGUCUUGAAAAGCCGGUUCCCACAACCCAUUGUGCUGAGGGUAGGGAGGCACCAGCCAUUGCGCUGGCGACUGGGUCAUCUCCCGGCAGUGCAAACUGUGACUGCGGCAGCAUCCCCCCUGAUUUGGAGGAGCUCUCUCUGCUUGACCCAUUUCCUCGGUACAUGAAAUCUUGCCAGGACCUUAUUGUCCCAGAGAAGUGUCUUUGCACAGAUAGACUGAAUGGGAAAGAUUUUGCUUUGGCAGGGCACUCCCCUCCCGGGAGGCUCUCGUCUGGGAGCACAGAGGCUGGCAGCCUCAGUCCCGCGCAGCUGGCAAGAGGUGGGGUGGCAUUGCCCAGCUGCGGCCCAUCCAGAACUGAAACUCAGGCCCUCCAGUGCUGCGGACCACAAACAGAAAUGUGUGCUAAGGAGCUAUCGGACGUAGUAAUGGAGGACUCUCAGGAGAAGCCCAGCACCUCACUGCCGCCGCCGCCACCGCCACCUCAGGGACAAUUGGUUGCAAAGUGUCUCAAGGAUGACCCAAGCCGCCUUGUGCAACAGGUCAGAGAGGAGGGAUGGAGCCUGCGGACCUCCGAGAGCCUUACCUUGGCUGAAGUCUACCUCAUGAUGGGCAAACCGAACAAGCUACAGCUAGAGUACGAUUGGCUGUCUGUCUUGGGGCCGGAAACCCAAGAUCCUGGGGAGCAGAUGCCUGAACCUAAAUCUGUUUCUCCACCAGCCACCUGUCACAAGCAGAAACUCCUCAACUGCCUCUUAAAACUCAUCUCCACUGAAGUUAACCCCAAACCAAUCCCUGAAAUGAACUCUGUUGCAACAUCUCCCAUAAAGCCCACUCAAGACGAGCAUUCUCUGACUCCUCCUGGCAAGGUUAUUGCCGUCAGCACCCGGAGUCCAGGGUGCGCGCGCAAUCAGCCUGCCCUUCACAAGAAAACCUUUUCCCCUAGCAUCACUUCCAGUUCCUCAGGUUUGAGAAAUCACUCUGGACCUCUCUUGGUGGCUGGUCCUUCAGGUUCCACGAGUGCAGAUGCAGAUGGUGGCCUCUUUGCUGUUCCCACAACUCUCCCACCCAACAGCAGGCAUGGAAAGCUUUUCUUGCAAAGUAAAGAAGCAGAGCUAUCCUUCCGGCAGCGCUUGGAUACAAUCAGUAUGCAAUCUGAUUUCUUCUUGCCAAAGCCGAGGAAACUGCAUAACAGACAUCUGCGAAAACCACUGGUAGUACAGAGAACGCUGCUUCCCAGGCCAUCUGGAAAUUCCUCCCAGCACGUCUGUUCCUUCUCCAUCUUAUCAAACUCUUCUGCAACAGGAAGAGGAUCUUUUCGGCCACUUACGAAAGCAGCUGUGUCACGUCCCAUUGUUCCCAAGGUUCUUCCAGCUCAAGCCACCAACCACCUGUCCAGUGCUAUAGACUUAGCAGCCCAAAGUGCCGGUAUUAUUCCUGGCAGUCCUUUGCCUGUUCUGGAUACUGAAGGCCUGUCGGGUGUAUCGCCACUGUCACCGGAUGCAGUGACCACGGUGGUUUCAGGGCAAGAUUCAACAGCGGCACAUCACAAUGGAGGCUCCAUCGUUGCGGGUUCAAGCAGCGAGUGUCAGGUUCCAUUUCUUGGCCUACCACCACGCUCUGAGCAGGAGGCAAUCCCAGAUGGCUUCCAGGGAGCACCUGUCCUUUCUCUACCAGAGCUGCCGAAAACCUCUCUCCAGAAUGGUCUCGCCACUCCUCCGCUUCCCUCAUCUGAUGCUUCCGGUACCCAUUUGUCUCCUCCCAAUGUCUCUGCUUUAUUGGAUAUCUCUCUUCCUGGACCCCCUGAGGAUGUUCUGUCUCAAGGAGAACCUGCUACUCAGAUCAGUGACUCUAUCAUUGAAAUAGCCAUCAGCUCUGGUCAAUAUGGCGAGAAUGUUCCUCUGUCCCCAGCAAAGCUGAAUGGCAGCGACGGCUCGAAAAGUCUUCCAUCCCCUUCCUGCAGCCCCCAGCAGAACUGGAUUGCCUCUCCUAGUCAUGAUCCACAGUGGUACCCCAACGAUUCCACAGACUCUUCCCUCAGCAGCUUAUUUUCAAGCUUCCUUUCCCCAGAAAAGGGACGGAAAAUGCUGCCAACCUCUACUAGUAGUAACACAAGCAGCACCUCCUUAUUGGGACCGAGUCUGCUGGAUGGAAACUCGCGGGACUCUUUCGUGUCCCGGUCCCUGGCAGAUGUAGCUGAGAUAGUAGAUUCCCAGCUGGCUUGCAUGAUGAAUGAGAACAGUAUAGAUUACAUAUCUCGUUUCAACGACCUUGCCCAGGAGCUGUCAAUACCUGAGCCAAACCGCCGAGAGAUCCACUUUGAUGGAGGAAGUGAUGGCCCUCCCAUUGGUGACCUCUCUCAGUGAGCACAUUCACCCAGCUGGCUGGUGGAAACCAUUGAACUAGCUAUGUAACCUGGAGAGAAGUGAUGUCAUAGCUAUGCAGUGGAUACCUUUGUUGUCCUGACUAUAGAGCAUGCCUCAUAAGAAGAUCAGUGUUGUCUUCAACAGUCUACGGUUCCUGGAAUGUGCAAUAUGCUAGGAACAAUACAACUGGGAGCAGUAUUAUAGGAAAUGACAUGUGUAAGCUGAUUACUAGUGGAGUUUACAAGGCAGCCCCGGAUUUAUGCUCCGGUCAAGAAAUCCCACAAGCUAUGUUUUUAUACAGUAAACCAAACCCUUGUUGUCAUAUCUGCAUUUAAGCUGGAGGGUGGGGGGAGUGAUAAGAUGGUAUGCUAUUUUUUUAAUCUUUUUUUUAAAUAAAUAAAUAUACUCCUCUCUUGGUCUAUCACAAUUGGCAUUGUUGACCAGUCAGUCAGAUUGAUAAUUCCUUGCACUUUCCUUUCAGGCAGCAGUUGAUACCACUUUGCUUUUACCAGAAUUCUUUUUCACUCGCUCACAUUCAUCAACAUUCCAGCAUGGCGUGGAAAGCGCUGUGUCUGUUCCUACUUUAAAAAGAAAAACCUGGAGUAGGAUCUGAGAGCCCCUUAAGAAUGUUCCUUUCCUUAUUCUUAUAGAUGGGUGUGGUGUGCCGGUGUGCCUGUGCACAUGUGUGUGCGCAUGAAUAUAUGCACACCACCUUAGCCAGCAUCCCUUUGACUGAUUCUGCUUGCUUGCUUUUUAGUUUUUAUUUCUUACAGCAAACAGGUGGUCUUGCUCCCCAAGGGCUCUUAUAUUCCAUUUUUCUCUUGAGGACUAGAAACUUUUUCAGGAGGCUCUCUAACCUCACUCCCAAUUCUUUCUUUUUCCCCCUUGUUAACUUCUCUGCAUAUUUUCCUCCUCUUUAAAUAUUUGCUUGCUUUAUCUUAUGAAUUCUACAAGAAGAAAGCAUUUUACUCUUUCCUGCGACAGUACACAAAGGUAAUACUUUUACUUUGUCUUGCAAAUGAGGUGAGAAAGCUGCUAUUCUACUUUUGUAAAGUUAAUUCCCACAUGGCAGUUCAAGUUGUUCAGCUCUUUCACAAAAGCCUAUAUAAAUUGCAUUCUUUAGGAUAUGCUAUUAACUUGUGGGUAAUGGGAAACCUUUAAUCAAUACUAGUGUCAACGUAAGCAGAUUUUUAAAAAAAUACUAGCUGGAACUCUGCUUUGCAAACAUGUCCUAUUCUCUGGUGAUGACCCCUUGCCCUUUACUGUUUUUAUGAAGCAUCAGAUGGGAAGGUGACUUUGGAAACCUGCCCUCAGUGGUGAGGUAGUCUCACCAGAAUGACUUUCCCUUGCAAAGGGACAUAAAAGCCACUGCCAAUCUCCAAUGGUUCUUGCAUUUCUGGGACCGUGACCCUGACCCCUUUUCUGAAACUUUUCCUGAAUCAUUCUGUCUUCAAGGGCAGUCAAGCAGUCUGCUAGUAAUGUCUCCCAAGCUCUGCAUAUUUGCAGAACUGGAGAGGCUGUCCCAGGUUUAAAGACUUAAUUUGUGUUAUAUUUGUGUUCAUCUCUUGAAUUGCUGAGCUCAUCACCUGAACAGGAAACUGUCCACAACUUCAGUUUUCGUAGGAUAAUAUCAGAAUCAUGUAUACUUUCAUGGGAUUAUCAUAGCAUUGCCCUUCCCUGACAUCAUUGUUCGUUUUUUUUGCAAAUAAUCCCUCUUUCUAGGAUUCUGCCAUGGUUACUUAGGAGCACACAUUUGUAAUACUUCAGGGCAAAAGCAUUCUUGCCAUCCCCUGUUACUGGUUAUCAGACUAGUGGUCCAGCAGUUCUGAAAGCCCUAUACAGAGCUCUUUGUGUGCUGGGGCUUGCCUAUUCGCUUCUAAAAGCAGACAGAAUGUUUUGUGCAGUGCAAUGAUGCAUUCACGUGAGUGUGUGAAGGCUUUUCAUUAUAGAAGAAAAUUUGGACUCUUUGUGUAUGGUGAUUUCUGAUUAUGCAUUUAGCAACAUGGCCUAGAUACCACUGUGCCAAAACAUGUUUAUUCUACCUGUCUGCAUUUUUUUUGCAGGAGCAUUUCAGGCAGAGCCCGUUUCCUGAUCCGUCCUUGAAAUGUUAUCAGUUCUAUCGUCCAUAAAAGGCCUUUGUUCAUAUGAUACAUUCCUGUGGAUCAUUUACAUUAAUUCGUUAUAGGUCUGCAGGUGUGGGUGGGUUGGUUUUUUAAUGAAAUUAUUCUUAACAUUCUGUUUUCGAUGUAGGGAGCCAUUGGCCCUCCAGAUGUUGCUGAACUGCAAUUCCCACCACCCCUUUCCAUUGGCCAUACUUUUUGGGACUGAUGGGGGUUGUAGUUCAGAAACAUCUGGAGGCUCAAAGUUCCCUACACCUGUUCUUUUUUAUUAUAGUCUCUUAUGCCCCACCAUUUCCAUUCCUCAUAUUUCUCAAAGGUUGGAUUUGUAGCAAGCUUAUGAAUCCCUCCAUGUGCACGGAUUAUUUACCAGCCUUGCAGCUUAAUGGGAUCUGCAAAUUUGUCCCUUGUGUGCUGACAGAUUUCCCUUCUGCCACCAGCUUCCUCAGAUUGAGAAAAUAUAGAAUGUUGUGUCAUAGCUAUUUUUAUCAAUGACGAGGCCUGCAGAUUUUAAUAUCCUUUGUUGCCUGAAACAGAACCAGAGCAUCGGAAAAGUAGACAGAAGUUAAGAAGGAGCCAAUUGUCCAAUGCUAAACAGUUAUGUAGUAAAGUUUCUAUAUCAACUCUUUCUCCCCAAGUAUUUUUACGCAUGCAAAUUCAGUUUCCAAAUUCUUGCUAAUCACUUUUCCAAUUUCUAAAAAUAGAAGUCCAUAGAGAUUUUAAACACUGGCCAUUUGGCCUUUUAUUUUGCAUAUAAAAUUACAUGAACAAUUAAGAUUGUGCACUUGAAAUAAAAAAACAAUAAUAAUGUUUAACUUCCAGUCAGUAACUGCUGCUACCCUUCAAUGAAGCAUGGGUAAUGUGUCCAUUUUGGAGCUUUCUGGUGUUGAGUUACCAAAGCAUCCAUACAUUUGAGACACAACAUUGAUUCUAGGGCUGCCACUGACUUUUUGAACGCAGGAGUUGGUUUUGAAUUGUACUGUUUCAGCCCCUUUCGACUAAUAAUGAACUUCUACUUAGUUUGUCUCAAAAUACAUUUCAGCAAGUUUCAAACAAUCUGCAGACCCAACUACUUUGAAGGUGAAUUGUCCUCUUGCCUUACCUUCACAUUUGCCUGAGGCAUUGAGAGAAGGUUGUUAUGUGGAUAUAGCUGGUUUCCAUUUAUGAGUGAGGUUCCUGAAAAGCUAUAUGCUUCAGUUUUCUUCUGCUAUCACAUGGUUUGUUAACAUAAAUUGGUCUACUUUCUAGUAUAUAUGCAGUGAAGAAAAAUAUGUCUUAUAGACCAGGGAUAAGGAAUCUCUUGACCUUCCACAUGUUGCUGGACGCCAUCUGUCCAUAGCUGUCAAGUUUUCCCUUUUCUUACGAGGAAGCCUAUUCAGCAUAAGGGAAUUUCCCUUUAAAAAAUGGAGAACUUGACAGCUAUGCAGCUGUCAUCAUCCCUGACCAUUCAUUGGCCAUGCUACCUGGGCUGGUGUGAGUUGGAAUCUAGUAACAUCUGGAGGGCCACAGGUUACCCAUCACUAUUGUAGAUCCACAGAAUAGGGCACUGGGAAUCAGAUACUAAUAUUCCUAACCUGAUAAAAAAUUUAAGAAGAAUACAACCUAAUUUAUUGGACAGAUUCUGAGUGCUUCUGCAUUGCAUUUUGAUAGGCCAGUUAACUCCUCUGAAUAUUUUUCUAGCAUAGAACUUAACAAUAACUUCAUUCCACAAAGCCCAUUGAAAUUAACAAAAAAAUUGGAGGACCAAAUUCCCUGUGAAUUGUGUCCAAAACAACAUGGUGGUUUUUUUAAAAAAGCAAAGUUGUUUAAAGUUGGCAUUACACAACCUUUUUCAUUAUCACUCUCCUAUCUUUAAUGCUUUCCAGCCAGCAACUUAGGUCAAAUCAUAUCAGCCAAGAUGUCUUGUCCACUGACUUUCUGACUUGACAGUUGGAUUUUAGUAUUUCAUUUUGGGUUUACUUUUUUAAUCACAUGCACGCAUAUGUACACACACAAAGAAGUUGGAUACAUUUGUAAGGAAAAUACUGCACUUUUGAGUUACCGAGCCCUUUUAAAAACUCAAUUCUCCAGACUUCCCAGUGAUCUGUAAAUGCUAAACAAGUGAAAACGUUUUAAGCACUACAGCAGUAAGUUAUCAUUAGUUGCCAAAAUGUGAUAACUGGCUUUAGAGCUUGUGGGUUUGACAGCAGACUUUGUUGCUGUUUAUUUUAAUAAUAGUUAAGCCAUAUCAUCUAAAGGUUUUCUGUCUUGUUUUGAGAUGUGAAUUUGUUUUAUAGAUAAUAAAUAUACAUAUAUAGUGUAUGUAUAAAGCAAGAAUGCCUGUCCUUAACUGAUUAUUUUUUGUACCAUAUUGUAAAUUAUAUUAUUUAUUCUUUACCAAUUUUGGAAAAAGAAAAGGUGUUUGGGUUAUUUAAUAUAAUAUACAAAAGCUGUUAACUUCCUCUGUUUUCAAUUUUCAAUUCAACUUGUAAAGUUGUUUUUAUGAUUGUGCAUAAAUACAUACUAAUCCUUGGUCUAAGUCAUGUGUUUGCUGUCGUUUUUACCCUAAGCACUGAUAGAUUUUCUUCUUACUGGGAAUAUGACUUGAACCACCAGCUCAGUGGAACAGCUCAGUCCUCUAAAUGUUAUGUACUUAGAUCUGUGUAAUGGAGAACACCCAUCCUUGGAUUACAGGCCCUUCAAGUUACCCUACCUAUUUUUAUGUUUGGGGCUGAGUUCCAAUACUUACAUAGUCAAAAUGGCACCACCUAUACAUGGUAUAUUUGGAGGUUCCCAAGGUAUCCAGAAGAACAAAAAGUCUUUUGGGGGAGAAAAAAUCUUGGGGGCUCCCCAAAAACAGCCCGAUGAGGGCCAAGAAUGCACAGUGCCCACAGAAUGCUGAUUGAAGAGAAACCAAUAAAUGAGGGGAAAUAAGAGCAUCCUGUACAAGGGGCCAUUGCUCGCUGAAGGGAAUCCUGAACAGGAGUUUCACUGAACACUAUUUUGUUACAAUUCAGUUUUAAAUUUUCUGGCACCCAAGGCUGGAUUAUUGACAACAGCAAGAAAUAUCCACAGCUUGAGGAAAAAGGGUGAUGGGGGAGCAUAUUGUAUAUACGGUCAUCUGUGUUGCACAUCCAAACUGUUAGCAGUGCACGAUCAACUACACUUGCAAUCGAAAUUAUUCAACCCCCAUUGCAAAUCAGGUUUAUUAUCAAAAUUUACAGUCUUUCAGCUGUUUGCAAUGAGCAAAUCAUACAAAAGCAAUUGAAGUAGCUCAGCAUAAUGGAUGCUUCAAGUGGUUUCCCCAAAUUCUCCUGAAAUUGCAACACAAACUUCUCCAGUCUUGCUAUUAUUCAACCCCCUGAACAGAAUCCCACCCAAAAGCACAAAUACAACAGGUGUUGUCUCAAGCACACCUGAUACAACUAAUCAAGGGCUUCGUUGUUUGUAUCCGUUGUGUUGAGCUAUUUCAAUUGCUUUUGUUUGAUUUGCUCAUUGCAAACAGCUGAAAGUGUAGAUUUUGAUAAUAGACCCAAUUUGCAAUGGGGGUUGAAUAAUUUCGAAUGAACGACCUUCCCUCAAAACCCCACGGCUGCACCUAAAGCAG